CUGGGCGAAACCACCUGGCUCGGGGCGGGGGCGCCGCUUCUCCACGGGUAUCCGCCCCUUUAAACUGGCGAUGGCCCCAUGAGCGGCGCAAAAAAAAAAUAAAUACAUAAAUAAAGGAGCUCUUUGUACCGUCCGCCCGUCGCUGCUCUUCCCGGCCGCCGGUCUCGAUCCCAUCGCCGCUGCCCGAGCGGGAGGAGCGGCAGCGGAAGCUGCCAGCAAAGAUGCUGAGCUUUUUCCGUCGAACCCUUGGCCGGAGGUCUAUGCGUAAGCAUGCGGAGAAGGAAAGGCUGAGGGAGGCCCAGAGAGCUGCCACCCACAUCCCUGCAGCUGGGGACGCAAAAUCCAUCAUUACUUGCCGAGUAGCACUGCUGGAUGGAACGGAUGUCAGCGUGGAUUUACCGGUACAAAAAAAAGCCAAAGGUCAGCUCCUGUUUGAACAGAUCAUGUAUCAUUUGGACCUUAUAGAAAGUGACUACUUUGGAUUAAGGUUCAUGGAUUCUGCACAAGUGGCGCAUUGGUUGGACAACACAAAAAGCAUUAAAAAGCAAGUUAAAAUUGGCCCGCCGUAUUGUCUGCAUUUUCGUGUAAAGUUUUACUCAUCAGAGCCCAACAAUCUACGUGAAGAACUAACGAGGUAUUUAUUUGUUCUGCAGCUGAAACUGGAUAUUCUUAGUGGAAAAUUGGAAUGUCCUUUUGACACAGCCGUCCAAUUGGCAGCUUAUAACAUGCAAGCUGAACUUGGAGACUAUGAUCCUGCUGAACAUGUCCCCGAACUGGUGUCUGAGUUCAGGUUUGUUCCCACUCAGACCGAGGAGAUGGAACUAGCCAUUUUUGAGAAGUGGAAGGAAUGCAGGGGGCAAACACCAGCACAGGCUGAAACUAACUACUUAAACAAAGCUAAGUGGUUGGAAAUGUAUGGUGUAGACAUGCACAUAGUCAAGGCAAGAGACGGCAAUGAUUACAGCCUGGGCCUAACACCUACAGGAGUUCUUGUCUUUGAAGGAGACACAAAGAUUGGUUUGUUUUUCUGGCCAAAGAUAACAAGGCUGGACUUCAAGAAGAACAAACUCACUCUAGUUGUUGUUGAAGAUGAUGAACAGGGAAAGGAGCAGGAGCACACUUUUGUCUUUAGACUGGAUCAUCCCAAAGCCUGCAAACACUUGUGGAAAUGCGCAGUUGAACAUCACGCCUUCUUCCGGCUCCGAGGUCCUGUCCAAAAAAGCUCAAGUCGAUCAGGCUUCAUUCGGUUAGGAUCCCGGUUCCGAUACAGUGGGAAAACAGAAUAUCAAACCACCAAGACCAACAAAGCCAGGAGAUCAGCAUCCUUUGAAAGAAGGCCCAGCAAGAGAUAUUCAAGACGAACACUGCAAAUGAAAGCACAUGCUGCUAAACUUGAAGAAACAAGUACUGCAAACAACGCUGUUAUCAACCAAACUAAUGGAUCACAGAGCUGGAAUGCAAAGCCAAACCUACCUGUCCUAACAGCGGUUCCUUCUGCCCCAGUCUUAGUGGAAAUAGAAAACCUCCCAAGGAGCCCAGGAGCCAGCCAGCAAGACAAGAAGUGCAUACCUCUUGUUGAUUUGCUAGACAGCAUGGAGUUGCCAGAAACUUGUGUUGAUGAUGCCAUGGGCCGUCAAGUUGUUGCCUUGGCAACAGGAGAUUCAGAAGAGGCUGUUAGUUGCCCUCGUCCCGGCACAAAGGAAGCUGUUGCUGAAAAAGCAAGCUCUGAUCCUUUUGAAGACCCGUUCCUAAAACUGAAACAGCUGGAGACAGAGUGCAGCAGCCCCGUGCCAGCUGAGGGUCCCAAUGUAAACAUAAACGUGCAGGAUGAAGGGGUAAAGUUGACAGAUAAAUGUCUUAACAGUGUAGUUGAGAGCCCAGUCACAGCAGCAACAUGGCUUCCAGCAGAUGUCAAAAGCAAUAUCCUGAAGGCACAGGCAGAAGCAGGGCACAAGGUCGUAAGAGAAGACAGCCUGACAGGUGUCAAGAAUUCCAACGUUCAUGAUGCUGCUGCCAGGAACAUUCUCCCGUCGGGCAAAACACAGAGCGCUCCUGCAGCAACCAGUCCAGUAUUUCAAGACCCAAGAGAGCUGCUGAAAGCAAUCCCUGCCUCAAACGCUUUUGUUCCUAGUGUGUUAAAUGAGGACAAGGCUGCCUCUAACCAUGAGGACUUGCUGAUUCCAGCUAAUCUGGCUCCAGCUGAGGAAGCUGCUGUUUCAAAGAGCACUCCAGAUGACCAGGACGUUUCCUUAACAUCAUUGACAGAGAAUCUAAUUGACUUUACAGAAGCCACACCUCGGGUGUCUUCCCAGCCCACGAUAACCCCGAGGUGGAUAGUGCCAACUGGACUGAUCUCCAAUGGCCCUCUGGGUGAUGAUCUUGCCUUAGCAAUGAAGGCAGUGAAAGGCAGCACAGAGACUCUGUUGUCAUCAGCUGGAUUGCCACCAUCCCAGCAGACAUCCGAAGUCCUGGCAAGCCCAGUUUCUGAGGAUGCUACACUAAGAACAAAGUGUUUACUCACCACUGAACUCUAGAAGAACGAGUUUCUGCACUUCCCACCCUGUAAAAACUCAAAUCUUCUAACAUAUCUCCAAGGGAUCCUUCCAAAAGACUUGCUUGGGAUCAGACUCUUGCUGAGUGGGAGUCAAACAGCCAGCGGGUUUGCUAGGAUCCAGGAAGAGACUUCUACAUUUAUCGCAAUCGAACUGGAAUUACAGUCUAAACCAGGAUAUAAAACCACACGCAUGUUUGAUCUUCUCUGUCAGGAGGAGUGACGUGCCACCCUGGAGCUAGUUCUGGACAUGAGGAACAGAAUCUAGUUGUGUUUUGCUCACGCUAGGUUAGUCUUGCUUUACCCUGGGCUGCCUCUCAAGUGCCAACGGCAGCUCUCCGGGUGAUGUUGGCUGUGUCUGUGUCGGGUGUGAGCUGGUCGAGGUCCCUCACCGCUGUAGAUGGAUGUUGGAAAGAUCAGGAGAACGUGUAGGGCCAUCUUGUGGCCGUGCUACGUGUGCUGGCUCACAGUGGUGACGACACUUUCAUACAGCCAAGGACAUUUUCUUCUGUGUGAUUAUUCCCUCUGUCGUUUGUUUUUCCAACACAUACUCUCCUUUUUGGCCUUAAACCCUUUAAUAGUCCUUGCACCUGGAAAGAAUGAAAAUCUAGUCCAUCAGUGACCAACUACAUUGACUGGACUUGAGCUGCUCGUUGCAACUAGGAAAAGGAAAAUUAACCUACCAAACAGCUUAUAGCAUUAGCAGACUACAGCAGAGGUCCCACAUUUUGACAAUGAUUAUUUCCUUUUCUGUAUGGCUCAAAUAGAUGAAUUUUAGGCUAGAGAUAAGUAUGUUUUAAAUGCUGAAGCAGUGGAGGUAUGAGUACAGCUUACUUCAGGAACUGCAGUUUUGUUGUCAUAUAGAACUAGGAAGGAAAAGAAUUUUCUUGUUUCUAUUCGUGCUAUUUCUGGGUGUUGUCUCCAGAUGCUGUGCUUUGGGAAUACUUCCCAGCUAUGUUAGCGGCAUGAGGGUACAACUAGAUCAGUUCUUACCACCACCCUGAAUCCUAUUCCAAGUGUCAUCUAACAGACCUAUGUGGAACAAAGAACAGAAAGAAUAAGGUGAAAACAGGGAAGAACGAUGAAAAGUUCCUGUAAACAGCUCGCUUCUUUGUAGAAAGAAGGUAGGAGCACUUGCAAGUGCACGCUCCGCGGAGCUGGUGAAUUCCUUUUGGUGCUCAGGAGAAGUACAGGAUCCCGUAUGAGGAGAUCAUUUGAGUCCCGGGCAGCAGAAUGCCCACGUGCAUGUGUGGAGGUGAGCGUGGGCACCCCCGGGAUGCAGCCUGUGGGAAAGGUCAGUGCAGGGUCAGAGGGAGGAGAAGUCAGAAGCCCCAUGAUGAACUCCCCAUCUUCUGACAGGGAGGCACAGAUGAAACAACUGGGAUCUUUCUUAGGAAGAGGUUUGGACUUAGGACUGGGGUUGGAGGAUGUUUUCUGCGUAGUGCUGCUGUUUAUAUACAUGUGGUUCUUAGAAACAAUUUUAAAUGUGAAAGUUAGUUCUGAAACCUGCACGCACAACUUCCUUCCUGCCCGCCGGCUGCGUGCACGUGUCUCAGUGCAGACAAAGAUUUGGACCAAACCACUGUGGGCUGUGCAGGUGAGCCGGUGCCCGGCUAGGCUGCUGCUUCUGGACCAGGGCGCUCGUACUGCUGCUCUUGCGCUCUUGUUUGCAAGAUGCUGAACUGAGAGCACUGAGGAAGAAGCCACGUGGCAUUUACGUGGCCCACUGCCACUCCUCAAACCCUACCCGCCCCCCCCCCCCCCCGAGGCCUUAGUAGAGAAACAGCAACCACGGGGAACUCUUAGGACUGAGGUACCAGAGAGGACUCUCUGCAGACAACAAUUUGCAGCCAUUGCCUCAAGAACCGGGAGCCAAAAUUGGUGGCAGGUGCUUCAGGUCCCCCUCCAGCCCACACCAAAAGCUCCCCGUGGGCAGGCUCCCCACUCCAGGCUGCCAGCCAGCGCGGAGAGGCUCUUCUGCACCAGGUGGGCUGUUUCUGCUCAGCUCUGUUACUGUUACUUCCAGUUGAGUAUUGGCCUUUUUUUUUCCUUCACUUUUAAGUUUGAGCCUUACUGCAUAUUAAAAUGUAGAAGGUUCUCAAUUCAAAUAUCAAAUGUCUUAGUCUGAAUUAAUAACACAGUUGCCAGCAAAGUUCCUGCAGGAAAAGGGAAGCUAUGGCUGCAACAGUCUGCUUCCCGCACAAAGCCAGGACUGUGUGGGGAAACUUGGCACUUGCUGUUGAUCUGUUUGCUCAGCAGCUGAGCUGGCAUUCGCCAGCUACAUGUGUUGGGUUUGUAAAUAGACAGAAUGCAGUAGCGUUUUCUUUAAGGCAUGUUUGAUAUUUGACUCUUCCCGUUGGGUUCAGGAGCUCUGUGAACUGUUAGCUUGAAUCCCUCCCAAAAAUAGAAUAACAGAAGUUUACAGUUUUGCAGCACUGCAUGUUGAAUACCAUCCUUAGAUUCCUCCCGAGCAAUCACACACAGCAAAUAACACGUAAAUAACAUGUGUGGUGAGUGUGUCCCCCUAAAAUCUAAAUGGUUCCAAGUAGCCAACUGUUAUUUCAGCAUGGUGGGGACAGCGGUGAUCAGAGGGGCGUGUCGUAUUUACACACAUGUGCACACACAAAAAUUUCAAAGGAGAAAGGUUUUCCUCAAUUUUCAGAGGACUAAUACUUGAAACUAUUUAAAAAUUCAAAAUUUUCAACUGUUAAAUGGGGACUUGCAAUUUCUAGUGGACUCGGGGCUGCAAACCCAACUCUUUCCAGUGUUACCUGAUACUUGGAGCAAAUACUCACUCCUUGAAAUAACUCAGUGCAGCAUGUUUAGCCAAUCCAAAUCACUGUUUCUAUAGGGAGCCUGGCGAGACUAAGGCACCACAGUUCUGUGAUCUGAACAGACACAUAGGUGGGUAUCUGAGCAUCCUGCAGUUUGGCAUCACUGUUUUGCUUGAAAACUACAGGCAUCAUGUUGUGUCAUGACUGGCUAACAGGUAACGUGGCAUUAUUCAUCGCCUGCAUUUUAUCAAACACAAGUAGGUAUAAUAGUUCCUACAGUUUGUGUUAUAAAGUAUUAUUUAAUGCCUGUGAGCUACUGAGAAAAAGGUAUUUUCUUACCAUUGCUAUACUGUUGAUUGGUCGGCUAUAAGGCCCAAUCAUCCUCUAAAAGUUUAUUUUUGGAUAUUUACUUAGAGAUUUAUAAAUAAAACUUUUGUGUGAAUCUGAUGUUGGGAUUUUGGCAGGUCUGCCAACCAUUAGAAGAAGCUGUAAGGGUUGACAGGAAUGAAUAAAUGCAUGUCCUGUUGCAGUCAUUUGGAAAAAGCCAGCUCCCUGAUUUUAAAAAAAAAAAAAAAAAAAAAAAAGAGUUCAAUUUUUUUUCCUAACAAAGUUAUCCCUUAUUGCCUUACUAAUGCAUGUCCCAGCCUGCCCUCCCUCCCUGGCCUUGUACUCUUGCUGUGUGCGUAUCCAAUGCUGAUCGGAGCUGGAUGCUUUUUUAAAUGUAUAAUUUAAAAAUGACAACUUAAACUGAACCCAGAAAUGACUGGAUCUAAGAGUAAAAUUGAUUUCACUCCAGUCCCACUCUGAAAGCGAUUGGAGUAAAAGAUUUUAUAGAAAUAUUAACAUUGAUAGUAACAAAAAAGCCCCAGCCCGUAUAUCAGCUGGCUGGUGGUGGGGAGGUGCCGGUCUCGGACCUGCCGGUCGGUGUCGCCCAUUUAACCCACCAGGAAGAGACGGGAGCGUCUGCGCGUGCCAGGUACGUGGCAACGGUCCUGUGAGCUGUGGAAAUGGGCGUUCAGGUGUGGGAGUUCGGGCCCUCUUACGCUUGAACUAAAGGAAUCUCUUGUUUGGUUCAGUGGUGAUGGGGUUUCAUAGUAUUAGGUAGGUCAUAUGACAUAAAAUAACUGCUUACCUGCUAAUCAGUCACGGUUAAUGAAUUAGCUUGGAUGUAUUCAAUUUUAGACUUAAAUUCCAUGUAUACUUUGUCAAAGAUAGCUGUGUAGAAGCCAUGUCUUGGACAAUUUUUUGGACGCAACUUUGGCAAGAAAAUUUGCAGCACCACUAGAGGCACAGUCUGGUUACAUUUGGGUUUCUUUCCACAAACUGUCUUCAGCCCUUGCCCGUUACCCCUUUGCCUGCACCUUGCUCAUUCUCGUUUCCUGGAGCACAGAUGUAUGGUUAAGAUCAGCACGUCCUUCGCUAACAGCACGGGGUCUGUUUUUCACGUUGUGAACAUACUCUGGUACAGCCCAAAUCUUCUGCAGAUUAAGUGCUAGCAGCUCUCUUUUGCAGCCAGCUGGCAUUUAAAGCUUUAGCUGGGCACGUAGAGUGUUUGUGAGUCUAGAGAGUUGUUGUGUGUAUAUAUAGCUGUUAGACACGGUGACGUCACGGCUUCCACGUGCAGCUGGACAAUCCUAAUUUUUAUACCAAAAAAUACAAGUGACCCACGCUGGUGGCGGUUGGGCGAUGCAGGUGUGACCUGUGGGGGUUCCGUGUGGGCGCAGGGCCUGCCGCAGCCCCCGGGGGCAGCCCCCCGUGGGUCUGCCCACAGCAUCGGGGGGUUCCGCGCCCCGGCUGCACGGGGGGGGGGGGGGGCACGGCCCGGGGGCAACAUGGGGCCCUGCCGCUGCCAAACGCCCCUCCCUCCCGCUGCCUGGCCUGAGCGCUCUGCUUCGAAAACACACACCACCCCCCACCUCUAACUGGACAAACUUAGUUUCAAAAUAUGUAAGAAUAUUUUUUUAGCUAGAAAAUGUUUUUUUGUUAAAGCCACACUAACUACUGUAUUUUUACCUUUUAUAUGUAAAGCUUGGCAAUAGCUCUCAAAGUAUAAUUUAUUUGUUGUUUUUUUAUAAAACAAAGUGCACCCUCUUCUGUUUCACAACAGUAGCGAUGUAUGAACUGUUCUGGGCACUGCACUGAGAUCUGUGUUGAAGCUGUACGUGGGAACAAGAAGCUGUGAUCUGUAGUCCACUCAACCCAGUCUUGAAAUGUUUAUACUGUAGUUUUGUCUUAAAUACACCACGUCAGUGCA